AUGGGGUCCACUCAAUUCGGGAACUUUCACAACUUUUGUCGCGACUCAACCCUACCAGUCUGCAAUCUUUUCACCAAUCAAACCGCGACUACUGCCUUCCACGCGUGCGAUCUAACCGGCAUUCCUCUCAGUGGGGAGGACAGAUACCUUCGGAACUUAGGUUCAAUCCUGCUGGCCUUCAUUGCCAUUGUCUUGACCGUGGGCAUGAUAUGGAGAUCGGACAAGAAGCACGCUGCCGUCGGCCGGAGGGAAAUGCAAUUGUUCUUACUCGGUUUCAUCAUCAUUGAGAUCUGUGAGAUCUUCACAGUGGGUGGCUUUCCACUCAGCGACGCAGUCCGAAAGGGGUUUUCCGCAGUACACAUUGCCGCGAUCACUGCUACUUGCUGGGUCCUUCUCAUGAACGCACUUGUCGGAUUUCAGUUGAUUGAUGACGGCACAGUAGCCUCCAUCGGUCUCAUAUGCGCAUCUGCUGCCGCCCUCUUCAUCGGGACUGGCUAUAUUGCCUUGGACACUGGAUUCGAUUGGACUGGUCGUUUCCAGUCAAGUCACGAGCCACCAAAUCGCAACAUCGCCCUCUAUGUUCUGUACCAACUCUUCCCACUCGUUUGUCUUGUCUUUUUCUACCUCCUGGAAGCCGUACUAGUGCUCCGCGUCCUGGGCGAGUUCCGACCAAUGCUGUAUCUCACCGGUGCUGGCUUGUUGUUCGCAAUUGGUCAAGUCUUCAAUUAUGUGAUCAGCACCCACCUGUGCCAGGCCUCGGGCGGCAAGAUCAAUGGCGCUUUAUUCGAAACUCUCUUCACCCUCCUUUCUGUCUCCGGGGUCUGGGCCUUCUGGAGCAGUAUCACUGAAGAUGACUGGCCUCUCCCCGUGGGUGGCGGUGGUUACAACUGAUUUGUUAAUUGUGUCAUUUGCAUUAUCUAUGACUUUGCUUCGUCAGUUCCUUG